AGGGAUAUACAUCUGUCACUUCUCCUGUGUAUAUAUACAUAUGCGUGUGCCAACCUAAAAUGCUAUAAUCGAGAUACAUAUUUCAUAUUUCAUAUUUCAUAAGCUAUAAUACUGUAGCAAAAAUGAGGUUGUUGAAAGGUGUUUUUGUUUGGUGUAUAUGGUUAUUGUUUUUGUUAUCAGUUGAAGCAAGGGUGAGACAUUACAAUUGGAAUGUAGAAUACAUGAUAAGAAAACCAGAUUGCUUAGAACAUGUUAUCAUGGGAAUCAACGGUGAGUUUCCAGGUCCAACUAUUAGAGCUGAAGUUGGGGACAUUCUUCAUAUCAAACUCACCAAUAAGCUUGAUACAGAGGGAACUGUUAUUCACUGGCAUGGAAUUAGACAGAUCGGAACUCCUUGGGCUGAUGGAACUGCUGCAAUCUCACAGUGUGCUAUAAACCCAGGAGAAUCUUUUCAUUACAGAUUCCAUGUUGACAAGGCAGGUACAUAUUUCUAUCAUGGGCACUAUGGAAUGCAGAGAGCAGCAGGGUUGUAUGGAUCUCUAAUAGUAACUUUACCAAAAGGACAAAAUGAACCAUUUCACUAUGAUGCUGAAUUCAACCUGUUACUCAGUGAUCUAUGGCACACAAGUUCACUACAACAACAGGUUGGCCUCUCUUCAGCACCAAUGAGAUGGAUUGGUGAACCACAGAGCCUGCUCAUCAAUGGACGGGGACAGUUCAAUUGUUCUCUAGCAGCUAAAUAUGGGAACACUACCCUACUACCUCAAUGCAAUUUCAAAGGUGGUGAAGAAUGUGCACCCAAGAUUCUUCAUGUAGAACCAAAUAAGACCUACAGAAUUAGGAUUGCUAGUACAACUUCCUUAGCUUCUCUCAACUUGGCCAUUUCGAAUCACAAACUCAUUGUAGUGGAAGCUGAUGGAAACUACAUACACCCAUUCUCAGUGGACGACAUUGACAUAUACUCAGGUGAAACCUACUCAGUCCUCCUAACCACAGACCAAAACCCAAACAAAAACUAUUGGCUUUCAAUUGGCGUUAGAGGCAGAAAACCAAACACACCACAAGGCUUAACAAUUCUCAACUACAAAACUAUUUCAGCCUCAGUUUUCCCAACUUCACCACCUCCAAUAACUCCCUUAUGGAACGAUUUCAACAGAAGCAAAGCAUUCACAAAACAAAUCAUUUCCAAAAUGGGGACCCCACAACCACCAAAAACCUCUGACCGAAGAAUUCUCCUCCUCAACACACAAAACAAACUCGAAGGUUUCACUAAAUGGGCUAUUAACAAUGUUUCAUUAACAUUACCAAUAACACCUUACUUAGGAUCAAUUAAAUAUAAACUAAACAACACAUUUGAUAAAACAGCACCACCAGAUACAUUUCCAAUGGAUUACGACAUUUUUAAUAGCCCAGUGAAUCCAAACACGACAACAGGUAACGGUGUUUACACGUUUGAGUUAAAUGAAAUUGUUGAUGUGAUAUUACAAAAUGCAAAUCAGUUAACUGGGAAUGGGAGUGAAAUUCACCCUUAUCAUUUACAUGGACAUGAUUUUUGGGUAUUGGGAUAUGGAGAUGGGAAAUUUGAACCUGGUGUUGAUGAGAAGAAAUUUAAUUUGACACGUGCUCCAUUGAGGAACACUGCGGUUAUAUUUCCAUAUGGUUGGACAGCAUUAAGGUUUAAGGCUGAUAAUCCUGGUGUUUGGGCAUUUCAUUGUCACAUUGAACCACAUUUGCAUAUGGGAAUGGGUGUUAUUUUUGCUGAAGGUGUUCAUAAAGUGGGAACAAUACCUACGGAUGCUCUUACUUGUGGUCUUACUGCCACCCUUUUCCUAAAUGGGACCCACCCAUGAGAUUAAUUUAUAACACACUUUCAUUCAUUCCUUUUUCCUUUCUAUGUUUUUACCCUUUCUUUUUAUUUAUGGCUGGCUUGCUUUUGUUAAUUAAUGUUAUCAAUUGUUUCUCUUUAUUUAUCCUCUCUUGUAUCAUUAGGCAUUUCUGUUACUUUUUUUACAUUAUUUUAUUCAUGUGGGGUUGAAUGAAUCA